AUGGCGGCAGCUAUGGCGAGCGUCGCGCGGCCCAUGUCGGAGACCAGGCUGACGGCGCGUUGCACAAUCUAUUGCGACUGGCUCGUAUCGCUGAUCAUUGCCACUGGGGUGGUCUUUGCAUGGCGCGGUGCAUGGAACAUCUGCGACUCGCUGCUGUUGCCGCAGCAGCCGCUUUGGAGUGCGGCCGCGCGCCUGAUCGGCGGCAGCGUGCUAUUUGUGGUGGCGUGCGUCAUUCAGCCGUCGCUCGCGGCGUGGGCGCGCCAUCACGAUAGGACACGGUGCUUGUGGCUCGUCGACGCGCUGUACACUUACCUCUCGUUCUGGGUCAGCAUGCUUACGUGGAACGGCGUGUGGUACAUCUACGACCAGGUGGUCGGCAUCGGCCUUGCUCCCGCGCCGCCCGACUGGGCGCACGCGCGGCAGGGCGCGAUUAGCCACGCGCUCGGGCUGCUGCUGCUCGGGUCGCUCGGCGCGCUGCGCAACAGCGUCGCCGCACCGAUGGUCAUCUCCUCGGACGCCGUCGCGCCGAUCUUUGGCGCGGGUGUCACGGCGGGCGUGGGCACUUGGCUCAACCCGUUUGAGAGGCUGAAGCGCCCGCCCGCGGUGCAGUCGCGCGGGGACUGGCACCGGGCGGUGGGCGUGCCAGUGCUGUGA